ACUUCUUUAUACAUCGUGCAUAAAAGUUGUCUCCACCCGUUAUGUACUACAUAGCGUGACGUAAGGGGGACAAAUGGUCAUGUGACGUGAUCACGUGGUGAUAUAUGUAAUAUGGCCGAUGCAAUCCGUGAUCGAUGUGAUACACGUGUCGAGAUAUUAAAGUGAAAUAUUAAAUAUAACAAAUAUUUACAAUGCCGGCGUGUUGCUGCAUUAUACAUUUUAAAAAUAUGAAGCGGAAAAAAAACUUAGACAUAAUAUAUCAUAGAUUUCCAUUUAAAAAUACAAACAUCAUAAACUAUUGGAUUGCGGCAACAGGACGAGAUAAUUGGAUUCCAUAUUCAGAUGCUCGAAUAAGCAGUGUGCAUUUUACACAUAACGAUUAUUAUAAUAUAAACAGCAAUCCACAGAAACGAUAUUUAAAACCGGAUGCAAUACCAACACAAAAUGUAUGUGCAAGUAUAUUACAAUUAUUACAACAAAAUACUGCAAAUGCUAAUGAUCAAGAUGCAUCAAUAUCAAAAGAUGAUCAAAAUAACGAUAUUUUCAAAGAAGAGGCGACUCAUCGGACAACUGACCUUUUAACUCUUCGUACAGCGUCUGUAGAAUCCUACAUUCGAAACCUGAAAAUAAAACAAAAUAUUACAAUUACUAGAAUUGUUUUGUAUUAGAUAAUAAUCACUAAUCAAUCAAAUAUUAUUAGUGAAUCAUUAUUAAGAAUGAUAAUCUGUUUAAUAAUUUAAUAAUUUUACAUAAUAUAUUAAUAUAUACAU